ACUGUUUCGCUUCUUUCCAUCGCUUUCAUCAUAGUUCAGAUUCCGGUUUCACCCUAGAAUCAUCUUAUCGCAGCAACUAUCGGUACCCUUCGAUCUCUAUCGGUCUAACGCUGCCGCUCCCAAGUAACCGCCCCGAUCCUUCUAUCACCAUGCGUUCCAAGUUCAAGGACGAGCAUCCCUUCGAGAAGCGUAAGGCUGAGGCCGAGCGUAUCCGUCAGAAGUACGCUGAUCGCAUUCCGGUGAUCUGCGAAAAGGUCGAGAAGUCAGAUAUUGCAACCAUCGACAAAAAGAAGUACCUUGUUCCGGCCGAUCUCACCGUUGGACAGUUUGUCUACGUGAUUCGCAAGCGUAUUAAGCUGUCUCCUGAGAAGGCCAUCUUCAUUUUCGUUGAUGAGGUCCUUCCGCCAACAGCAGCGCUCAUGAGCAGCAUCUACGAAGAGCACAAGGAUGAGGAUGGAUUCCUGUACAUCACGUAAGCUCUAGGCCCAUAUUUGGUGAAUUACCUUGGCUGAUUUCGUUGUCGCUGCUAGGUACUCCGGCGAGAACACAUUCGGUGACUACUAGGCGCUGGUCGACCUGUCC